GGUUGGUUAUGUCAACGUCAGAAUUUUAAAAAAAAAUCUAACGGACGUUUUUGUUUUUGUGUUGGAUGGAAUUUUAAUUCUGUAUUUUCUUGAAUUCCUAUGCAAUAUAAUUAUUCUUUACACUAAAGAAUGAUACGUUGUUUGUAAAAGUUCGCUCCGGAGUAAAAUUAAUGUCAGUUUUAUACUUUUUCCUGCUGUAAAUGAACUUCAAAGUUUACAAGAGUUUGUAGUUUAUUAUUUUGUUAUUGUAAUACUUACUAGUGAAAAUGCAGGCUGCUUCAAAGUCCAAGAUCGGUGAGCUGCAAGCGAUCAUGACAAAAAUGCCAUUCAAAGUAUGCUGUGUCUAUGCUUUGCCAGAGUUCGGGGUGCGGUGGAGUGAAGUGUCUCGAGCAGUCAGGAACGCUCGGUUGCCUAUGACGUCAGCGAGUGUUGCCAGAAUCAUUUGCAGACACGUCGCGAAGUCGCUUCCUGCUGAUGACGUUGAGGACAUCAUAGCUACGCUGCAGUUAAAGUUGGUGGCCACACAGACGCGCACGUGGCACGCGCUGCGUCUGCUGCACAGGGACGGCUUGGAGCCGGCGGCGGUGCUGGCGCGGCGGCUGCCCGGCCGCCUGCGGAGCGCCCUGAGCGAGGGCCGCGCCAGGAACAUGCGCGCUGAGGUGCAGACAGCAAUGAUGGGAGACCUGAUAUACGUGAGCGUGCGUCUGGUGUCUGCCACGAGGGAAGGCUCCGUACUGUACCUUGCGGUGCCCCCAGGCCAGGACGCGCUGUUGACCAGUAGUCUGUCAGGCACCACGCUCCUCAAGGCCGCAGUGCAAGCUUUAGGCUACAAGGAAUACCAGAACAUGAACCUCCACGGGCACGACAUAGAUUCCUUACUGCGCAUCAGUGACCCCGCCUGGAAUGGACCCGCCGACCAUUUGUCCGCGCCGCCGGAUUACGCGCCCGCUCCAGUCGUCACUCCAAACGGGAUUGACUACACGAAUAAAACGUACGACGAACGAUACGUCGACCAAAUCAUCGGACCCCAACCUCCGCUGCUAACAGACAUCACUAUUACCGCAACUAAAUCCUUCUUCGACCCAUCCAGGUUGAACAAACAAAUGAAUUUGACGGUGCGGUUGAAAAGUGACGACGUAGCGAAGAGUUUGAAGUCGUGGGUGUCACGCGGCGCCCUGGCCCCUACAUCGGAUUUCUUCCAGAUUUAUCACAAAAUUAAAUCCAACAAAAUCACGUACACUCAAGAUUCAGACUGAUAUAUCCGAGUUUAUUUGGUUUUUAAUUAAUAUUUAGCUUGAUUGUGAAUUAGCGACCCGCCCCGGCUUCGCACGGAUGCUAUGCCUAUAUACAUGUUACGGUCAAAGUGAUAAAUGUGAAAAUUAUGAAUAAUCGCCGGUUAUUAUGAAUAAUUACCGCAUGAUUUGAUAAAUGUGAUUAAUAUGAGGUCAUUUAUGUGUGUAUAAAAACUAAAUAGGCGGCUUAGGGGUGGCCCAAGGGCCACCCCCGCCGCACCUUAACCUAUUUUUCACUUUAAAUCAAAACAUUAUGUUAUUGGCAUCAUGGAAAAGUAAUAUUAUGCAAGAAACACUCCAAACUCAUUAUGCCAAAUUAUAUUAAUAUAUGAUAUCAAAACGUUCAAAAGUUUGGCUGUACACGAGCACGUACACAAGAUGUUGUUCUCUUUUAUGAAAUUUGUUAGUACUAAGCUUCAAUUAUUAAAUAAUUACUGUUAAAUGUGAUUCAUUUAUCACUUUUACCGCGACUGUCGGUAAUUAUUCAUAAUAACCGGUUAUUAUUAAUAAUUUUCAAUUUAUCACAUUAACCGUAACAUACAUAUAAAAUUCCCUCUUGAAUGACUCUUUCAUUGCUGAAACCUGCGUUUUGAGUGAUUUUGUCCCAUAAUGUACCUACUAAUGUGAAAUAAAAUACAUUGAAAAAAUUAUAUUCAUUAAAAAUUCCUA